UGACGCCUUGACGCUUGUUGAAUGAACUUCUAUACAAUUUUUAUGAAAUUAUGACAUUUAUAUUUUAAUUUUUAUUUAAUAAAUCAGUGACACUUUGUUAUUUUUAAAUUUAAUGAAUUUUUUCUAAUUAAUGAACUUGUGACAUUUUUUGCGCUAAUUAUUGCGCACCGAACCUUUGUAUAGUUGCGUCUAAAUCAUUUUAGUGAUUUCAUGUGCGUGAAAGAAAUGUCAGAACAGAAGGGUAUAUUGUACCUAGAAUUGUUUUGACAAUGUAAUACCGAAGGAAAUGUGAUGAACUGGUGUUUGCGUGAUGUGCAGUGAUACAAUUCGCUGUAAUGUUACGAACAAGAUUUGGUUAGCUAGGUUUUGACAGCCGGCUGGCUUGUCGUAGCUGACUUAACGUUUGGCUUCAUAUAAAAAUGAACAGUCGCAGCAGUGGAAAUGAAACGAAUUUGGUGAAUUUCUCGGCGGAUCUGUCCACACUGAAUCAGCUGGAUGCUAAAGACGGCUUGCUGAGUUUUCCCUUCGACCAUAUCUACGCGUGCCACUCUCAAAGUUCGGAUCGGAGACAGCCUCUGCAGCUGGAGAAGGAGAUCGAAAUAGCGUCGCACUGUAUUGCGGAAGAAGAUUCGAAUAAUCCUGAAUUCGCUCGGUUGACAGAGAGGCUCACAGUUGCUGAGAAUCAGAACAAGAAGUUGAAGGACUUGUUAAUCUUUCACCUGGACCUGAUACAACAACAAAACGAGCUAAUCACCAAACGGGACAAACUGUACCAUGCUUUGAAACAGGAAAAUGAUACACUUAAAGCUAAAUUAAUGCGAAUGGACAGAAGGAUAGGAAUGAGUCCACGACACACUCUGCCAACAUCAACAAUUACAUCAAGUGUUAUCAAGACGGAACCUGUCGCACCUGAGGUAAUUUUAAAUAGCUUUUCUGAGCUGCUUUUACCAGAUAAUGGCAAUUCCGUUACUUCUGAUCAGAAUACACCUUUUGGUCAGGUAACAUUUGGGAUUGCAAGAGCCAAUGUGGAACCAGAACUCCCAAAUCAGAAGUCAGCCGAUAUAACAGCACCACCACCAGUGUUGGACAAAAAAUUAAAUUGUGAUAAUUUUAAAAUGAUUGAUAAUAAACGUUCACUUGUUAAAAAAGAGAUAAAGACUGAAAACCGUUCCGAGGCGCUGUACACAGUUACUUCAAACAGCGGCAACCCGAUAAUCCAAAGAAUUCACAAGAAUAGAAGAAGAACGUCGAGCAUUGGAAGUUUAAGUCGCAUGACUAAGGCGCCUAAGACAGAAAUACCCGAAACUAUUACGUCUAAAAGCAAAAUGAUGGAACAGGAACAAAGCUACGAUCGCACUUUCAGCGUCAAUAAGAAGUCCAAAAUGAUAAACACGUAUGGAAAGUCGCGAAAUUCGUCUACUGUACCAAAACGGACUACACAGUUCACUGGGUCUCUAUCAGAUAGAUUGCAGCUCAUUGACACAACGCCGACCGGGGAAGACCCUUACCAGUUGGGCGAAGCCGAUAUGAGGGAACAAUCGCCCAUUCCAAAGCUGAUGUUGCAAAAGACGAACCACGGACGCAUGAAGAUCUGCACGGAUCCAAUGGGCGAGACGACCACGCGUCGCAUCUAUGACAUGCCCGAUACGAAGUCAAAAAUAAACAGGUUUAUGUCCGUCUAUGAACAGCCCAAGAAAGAAAAGAAAACCAUAAUUGUCCAAGAGCCGGAUUUGGAUUUGGUUAAAACAGAGACGGAAAUCGGGUGGCCGAAUAUAUACAAUGAUAAGCCGAGUGAAACUAGUCUAUGCGAUUUUUCCUACGGCGAAGCGUCAAUGUUGCCCUCAUUGGAUGCAAACGAGUUCCAGGAGCUUUUUACGUCUGACUCGGCUCUCAAUUUAGAUACUUUAAACCAGUUAGAUGAACCUCCAGAGAAAAUGGUUCCAGACAAGACGACAAAACGGCGAAUGGCGCGCACGACUAGCCUCAUGGUGCCUGAUGAAGAUGUCGUAGAUUCAAAACGUGGUAUGGACAGUAGGCGUGGUAGGAAACGGGCUUUUUCCACCACUGGCUUGGGGAAGCAGCAAUCCCAAAAGGGCCAAGCAAAACCAAAAAUAGUUAGAGGACGAGGAGGUGCUGCUGCCCGAGGAAAAAAAUCGCCUGUGCCAGGUCAAAUGACCAUGACGCCAUAUCCAACUUUGGUCGGCGACCCAGACAUGUCUUGGUACUUCGGCCUAGACGCUGAUUUGAAACUCGAAGACUUGGACCCUUUCUACUUUCAAGCUCAAGCUUCUACUGUUGAGGUUCCACGUUGGCGUGAAAAGAUUUACACGAGCAGUUAUACCCUAGAGGGCACUGAGAACCUCGACGACAAGGUGUUUGAAAAGAGGCAUCAAAAGCUUGAAGCCGAGGAGAGACGACAAUUGAGAUGGCACAUGAGGCGAGUAAGGGAGCAGCGGCACGUGGAGAAGCUGCGCCAAAGGCAGAGGGACUCUUGGUGCAGCUCGCCCGUCAACCCGCCGGCGGUGUACACCGUGUGGCCGCGGCCGCUGCGGGAAGUGAAGUUCAUCGAGAUAACCGACGAGCUGCCGGUCAACAGCUUCGGGGAGCCGCUGCCUCAGAUGCCGGAGUCUGACUUCAUGCUGCCUUGGGUGCGGACGUCAAAAGCCCUGAAGAGAUCUAAAAGAUCAAAAACCCUACAUUAGAUUCUACAAGUUUAUUGGACAAUAAUACUGCCCCCCUGCUGAUCAUGUCUAAAUGUGCCUGGGUGUGCUGUUUACAAAAAAAACUUAUUAGUGACAAAAAAAGGUUUUUAUUAAUUUAAAAAAAGGAUGGAAAUACGUCAUCGCACUGAUGGUGGCUGUACUUGCGUAAUAUUGUCGUCAAUCCAGACAUCUAAAAUGCAUAUGUCGCUAUGUUCCAACAAAUACUAAAAAAAACCUGUUUUAGUCGUAACAUUAUUGUGGAUGGUGUUGUUUAAUUUUUUUAAGACAACCCUCACUCGAGCGCUCCCGUUACGUACAAGUGUCUGAAAUCUUUGAGCUUGUGUAACUUAGAAACUACAUAUUUUUACAGAAAUCAGGCCAGUCACAGUCAGACAUUAGUCUCUAAAGCAAGCAACGCAAGAGUCUGGUGGUACAUAUAGUGCAUAACUGAGAAAGUUCCUGUGUCAGUGGAGCGGUGCGGGAGGGUGACAGUUGUCACAAGUUGAAACCUGUACCUCCACUACUACAGGAAACUUCUCAGUUCUGCAUUAUGCAUGUAGUAACAAUUAUCAAGAACGAAUCUUCUGUAUAUAGAUCGCGCUCGGGAGAGCGGUUACUUCUUUUUUAAAUUCAUUAGAUUUUAUUAUUUAAGAGUUUACAAAGUGUCACAAUGAUUUAAUGUAAAUAAACAUAUUUUAGUUUUAAGGAAGUUUUAAGGUAAAUAAUGCAGUUUUUCGCUGCACUGCAUGGAUUUUUUGUACAAAUCAUUUUACAUUUACACUUUAUCUAUAUUUAGAUGCACUUGGAAUAAAAUUACAGCAAAAUCAGUUCAAUUUUAGACUACACAAAAUCUGAAAUCAGAGAAAUUAGGAAAAUUUACAUUUUUACACUUUUAACCAUCGUUAUAUACCUGCAGAGUGGAAGUGGUCCUUUAGCUAAUUAAUGAAAUUCAUCUUUAUUAAUCAGAAAACAAAUUAAAGACAUGUUUCAAUUGUAAAACAUUGUCUCAAGGCGUAAGAAAUUGUUACUUUAUUUACACAAGAUUUUAUUUAUUUACUCCUAUUUUUAAAAAAAUGGUGCAAUUAAUUAUAGAGCUUUAUUUUUUGUUAGUACAAAAGCCGAAAAUGUUUUUAUUACUAUCGAUAAAAUAUUUCAAAAUAUAAUCUGCUUAUUUUGUCUAUACUUAAAGUAUUAAUAAUAGUAUACUGUUUGUAGUAUAUAAUUGUACUUGUAGUAUAUAAUUGUACUUUUAUAUAUACCUAGUGGAAACUGACUGAUUGAUCUACAAACACAAAGCACAAACUACUAGACGGAUCGGAGUAAACAUGCAGAUAGCUAUUAG